CUCUGGGUAUCUUUGAGAAUAGACAUCCAAAGCUUAAUUUAUAGACAAAAGUGUUGUAGGAAUCGUGGUGAGAAAGAAAAAAGAUCAUCAAAUGGGAGAUUGCAAGCCAUUGGGGUUCCUGAUCGGGUUGCCUUUCGCUUUUCUUGCUUUGAUCUUCUCUCUUGUUGGUGCCGUCGUUUGGAUCCUGGGGACUGUGUUGAGUUGCCUGUGCCCUUGUUGCAUAUGCUGCAGCGGUUUGGCGAACCUUGCAGUGAGCCUGUUGAAGAUGCCGGUGAAAGUCAUCCGAUGGUUCAUCGAUACGAUUCCUUGCUGAUUUCUUCAUUUCAUUAAAUUCACCAUCAUCUUAAUUAUUAUGGUAUUCUUAGUAUUAUUAUUAUUAUAUAAUAUUAGAAUUAUUAAGUCACAGCUAGCGUUUGAUUUGCUGAUCUGAUGUUUCAUUCUUUGCUGACCAUUUUAACUAUGUAUUAUUAUUAGCCCAUUCCAUUUCUAUCAAUACAUUGAUUACUUGAUAUA